GACGCCGAGAGGAUUGGUGGUGUGUUCCAAAACAGUCGUCGAUAAGUAAUUAACUGGAACCGGCAUCUUUCUCUUUUCCUACUGUCACGUAAUUCAUUUGUUUAUAAAGUUUUGUUGACGUCUGAAAAUUAUAUAAAGAAAAGCAAAAAAUCAAGGACAUGAACGACUGUGUUCUGCGGUUCGACGCUGAAAAGGCAAGAGAGGCCUGCAAUGACAUUUUGACAGCCUUGAGCCAACCAGGAAAUGCUGAGAAGUUGGCUCGGGCUAGAGAAGUUGCUGGGACUGACAUGGUCAAAGUCAUGAGGGAGGUUUUCCCCAUAGUCACCCAGAUUCAACUUGAGGUCAUUCAACGUUUUGGCUUUCCUGGAGAUGGCGAAGGUGCCGCGCAAUUUUUACAAUUGGUGCGAUCUUUGGAAAAAGAAGACGGAGAAGUUAGUCGGUUGAGCGAUCAGCUCAGGGCUCAUUUCCUUCCACCGAUGACGGCUCCCAUCCAUUCGAUUCCUGCCUCUUCCUCGCCGCAAUGCAACGGUGCAUCUCAGCCAUAAAUGAACACUAGUGCAAUAUAAAAGUAGUUUAGUACAACAAUAGCCAAUCACGUGCUCAAGUAAAACCAUUUGAAAAUCCGUUCAUGAUUCCUCAGAAAGUGAAACUAAUUCAAUCAUAUUUUUCGUCCAUUUUUUGUAAACCCCCAUCCCCCUUUUUUUUUUCUAAAUCCAGCUCCUUCAUUUUUACUGAGAAUAGCAAAUGAUAUUUUCUCUCUCUA